CCGUCGCUUUGUUCUCAGGGUUUCUGAAUCAUUAAUAUUGCAAUGAUGAGAAUAACCUGCAGCCGAAUCCUAAGAUUUUCAAAACCCUACUUUAGGUGGGGGACGCAGAUCUCAAGCCGUUGCUUCAAUUCUCGAGGCCAGUCUCAUGAUCGUUCUCGAGGCCAGCCUCAUGAUCUUAACACAAAGAUCAUCACUUCGUCUCUUAGAGACGUCUUCACACGACCCACAUGGCAGCAGAGUCAAAUAUUUCUUCAAUGUAGAAGAGUUUCAUCCCAUGCUAGUGAUGAUCAUGGAUCUGUAACGGUUGAGACUUUGGAUGCUUUGUGUGAAGAAGGGAGAGUACUAGAAGCCGUGAAAGCUGUCCAGAUCUUGAAAGAUAAAGACUAUGUUGUGGACUUGCCUAGGCUUCUAGGGUUAGCCAAACUAUGUGGUGAAACAGCGGUUUUGGAAGAAGCUAAGGUUGUUCAUGACUUCAUCAAUGGUUUGGUUUCUACUCCUUUAGAUGUUGCAUCUCACAACACGAUACUCAAAAUGUAUUGUGAUUGUGACUCCACUGAAGACGCAUUGAAAGUAUUCAACGAGAUGUCUGAGAGAAACUCAGAGACUUGGUGCGUUAUGAUGAGAUACUUAGCCAAGAACGGAGACGGUGAGCUCGCGCUUGAUAUGUUCACACGGUUCAAAGAGGAAGGGAGCAAACCCGACAAGGAGAUGUUCAAAGCGGUCUUCUUUGUGUGUGCAUCACUAGGGGACAGUAACGAAGGGUUGCUACAUUUUGAAUCUAUGUACAAAGACUAUGGGAUCAUCCCCUUCAUGGAAGAUUACGUGAGCUUAACGGAGAUGUUAGCAGCAUGUGGUCAUUUAGAAGAGGCAUUGGAGUUCGUUGAGAGAAUGAAGGUGGAACCAAGCGUUGAAGUGUGGGAAACGCUGAUGAAUCUCUGUUGGGUUCAUGGGGAUGUAGAGCUGGGAGAUAGGUUAGCUGAGUUAGUGAAGAAACUUGAUGCCACAAGGAUGAACAACGAAGGUCUUGUAGCGGAGAAAGCAUCAGACUCCAGGAAGGAGAUGAUGAGAGCAUUGAAAAGGAGACUAUAUUCUGAAAAGAUUGGGCGUAUGCAUGAGUUUAAAGCAGGAGAGACUUCAAAACUAGAGUGUAGUGAAACUGUUCCUCUACUGAAGAGUUUGAAAGUGCAUAUGUUAGAGAUGGGUUUUGUCCCUUGGAUUAGGUUGGUUAAUAUUGAUGGAGCUGAAGACGAGGAUAAAGAGGAACAACUUCUUUUUAGAAGCGACAAGCUAGCCUUUGCUCACAGCUUCCUAAACACAAAGCCUCGUGGUCGUGUAUGUGUUUUGCAAAGUAUGCGUAUCUGUCAGGAUGGACAUGAGACAUAUAAGAUGUUGACAUUGAUAACAGGGAGAGAACUGGUGACACGAGGUUCGAAACGAUUCCAUCAUUUCAAAAACGGGGUCUGCUCAUGCAAAGAUUACUGGUGAUCUCUUAAACCCUUCAUGUCCUCAACAUCAAAUGGUGAUUUUACUCAGCUUGUUAGAGA